AACACACACAUAUACACAGAUCUCUCCAUUAUUAGAACUGUCCUGGCUAUGGUGGGGAAGUUUGGGAUCACCGCCUCCUUAUCCAUCGUCUACGUCUACUCAGCAGAGGUCUUCCCUACUGUCAUAAGGCAGAGUGGAAUUGGUAUGAGCUCCAUGUGUGCCAGGGCAGGGGGAGUCCUGGCUCCCAUCAUCUACCUGCUGAGGGGUGUCAGUAAGAAUGCUCCCAUGGUGCUGUUUGGCCUGUGUACUCUGCUAGGUGCAGCCCUCACCCUGCUGCUGCCUGAGACAGCCCACCAGCCCCUGGCUGACACCAUUGAGGAUGUGGAGGGAUCCAGCAUCAGUGAGGAAUCAGAGGAAGGGAACAUGAAGCCAGCCCUCUAUGAGGAAUGUCCAACAAGGAACCCAGACAUCAUAAUCUGAAGAACCAGGAGUGGGACAAGGCACCAGUCCACUGAUACUUUGAGACCUGUGGUCGUGUCAUCUGGAGAACUUCUAAUACCAUUCCUCCAAGGAACUCAACUGUGCGUUGUAAGAUAUCUGCUAAGAGUGUUUGAACAAAUUUGUAGCUUGUAAAGCUAUUUCCUAUUUUGUACAUAAGACAUUGAUGUCACUGAACUGACAUUUUAUACAAUUUUAUUUUAUAUUUAAAAAUAUAUAUUUUGUUUUGAAAAGAUGUACUAUAUAUUGAUGUUUUAUAGUGACUAUCAGUUCACAUUUAGAUUGAUGAUAAAGUACAUUAGUAACAGUUUAUUUAUGCAUCAGAUAUCCAUUCAUCAGAUUCUGUAAAUAUCACACCCCCCCCGUGCCUUAUUGCUGAAUUGAACCGCAGCAGUAACACCAGAGAGACUGAUCCGAGUUUGAGAUCUUUCACAUCGGGUGGAGAAGAAUAGAAGACUGUUGUGAUGACAUGCUCUCUCUGUGGUACUUUGGGUGGAUCUUAUUAUUUUUAUGGCAGUGGAUGAUUUGACAGGCAUCAAUUGUUCCCCUGUCAUUGUAAGGCUUAGGAGAGCAAAGCCGCACAUUCUUGUUUGGGAUGAAACACAGGGUUUGCCUUACAGUCAUGUAACCAAAUGACUGUAAUAGGCCUAUAUGUUUAGUAACAGAAGUCAACAGGAGUCCGAUGUGUUGUGUUAGUGAUCACUGCCACUCUCUGGAUGAAAGUGGUACUUGCUUCUUGUCUGACAUCAGCUGCUGUAUAUAUGGUAAGUCCUGUAAUGGGGCACAAGCAUGAUGUCCACAGAGAUUGUGUAACAACAUAUGUAUUUCCUGAUUCUGUAAAAUCAGUACUUUUAUACAAAUGUAUUACAAAAGCUGCUGUAUAUACGGUAAGUACUGUAAUGGGGCACAAGCAUGAUGACCACAGUGAUUGUGUUACAACAUGUGCAUUUCCUGAUUCUGUAGAAUCAGUACUUUUAUACAAAUGUAUUACAAAUUUACAAAAUCAAAGUAAAAUUGGGAAGUUAUCCAUGAUGUGAUAAAAAUAUAUAUACUAACACAUUUCAUUUGUACAAUAUAGUUCUGCUUAAACAAUGUUUGCUGUGCUGUGUGUCGUUUCAAAAAGGCCUAUAGUCAAUGUUGAGGGGCAGCACAGGGGCUGAUAAGAUGCCAGUGUUAAAAGACUUGUUUUUGGGGAUCAACUGUUGGUGCUGUCUGACUGACUGAGUAUCUGACACAUAUGGCUGUCAAUGAGUCGCUGCCCAGGGGACAUUAACAACAACUGGUAUUUCAAUUAGACUACAACAGAGGAUCCCAAGAACAGCUGCAACUACCCACUGACCAUCCCCCCACCACACUACAGCCAGAGAGAGCUGUUGUACUGUAUUUUGUCUGUGAAAGCUUUGACUAAAUAUUUAACAGUUGUAGUGGCAUUGUCUAUGAUGUGGAAUGUACAUUAGGCUUACUGUCAUUGUACAGCCCAGAUGUGAAAAGAUGCAUUGUAAAAAAUGACAGAGACACUAGUAUGAAACAAGUGUACAGCCGUAGGCACACAUCUCCUUAGAAUAUCAUGCCUGUACUGACAUUUGUUCUGGUACUAUGCUGAGAAUGUAUCAACAGUGACCUGGGCUCAUUUGACAUUUUUUAAAGGUACAUUUACAGUGUGGAAUUACAGUGAAGCGAAAUUAUUAGGAGUAUGCACAGCCCUUUUUUCAUUCCACUUGGACUAUGAAAUUACUUGCCAGAGCUGUUUCUAGAGUAGAGACCAUAGUGCCUAUUUCAAUGACAUUGGCAUCAAAUUGAAAAACAGACGUUUCAUAAGUGUGACUAUAUUUCCAUAUCUGAUCUCACUGGUAUUUGAAUAAUCCAGAUCUAAUUUCCUGAAUUCUAUGAAGGUAUAAUGAGAGAUUACUUGGGAGCAGUUUGAAUAAUACGAACUGGUAGUUUUUGGCAGCAGAGGGCGCCCCAACGCAAUUAUUAUCAGACGCAGUGUCAACGCGAGAAAUCAUUGAUUGAAUUCCAAAAUCUUUUAUUCAAUCGCACUGAUGAUGAUGAUGAUCUUCACAAAACUUUGUCCCACAAUACAAUGUACACAUUUUC